AUAAUCGAAGGCCCUCGAGUUGGAUCGAAGCCCAUUGCGUGUCUAUGUGUGUAUAUUUCUAAAUUGUCAGUAAAGAAACAUGACAGAUGUUUUGCGUUUGGAUACAUUACCAUCCGACGCACUUAUCUUAAUUUUUGAUUAUUGCCAUGCAUUCGAUUUGGUUAGACUCAGUGAAGUGUGUUCUCGAUUUUAUGAAAUUAUCCGGGAUAAAAUAUUGUGGGUCAAGAAAAGUAAGCUGACACUUGCCACAAAUCAAGCAUCCAAAAGAUUUCGUGCAAGAUGUAACCCUGUACUUUGUUUGAGGACAAAGUGGCAAAUUUCUCACAAUUGGCAAUAUGGUAAAUACGAUACAAAACUUAUUUUCUCUCAGGGGAAAAAGUUAAUGCCAUGGAUUCAAUUGACUGAAGAUACCUUGUGGUGGAGUGGCGGACAUCAACUUUUUGGUUUUGCUCGUAAACAACCGUUUAGUCACAAUAAUAUUAAAUUCGCCCAGUUAAACAGAAAAAGUGAUAUUUGUAAAUUUGUUGUUCGGAGUGAUUAUAUUAUUAGUGGUCACAGGGAUGGAAGUUUAAAAUUCUGGUCUCUAACCAAUUCUGGACCACUUCAUUAUGAUGGGACAAAUUAUCUUGUCGAUCAUUUGUGCUAUAAUAUUGAGGAAGCCCACUCCACUGACGUGAACGCUGUGGAAGAAACAUCUCAAGUUGUUAUCUCUGGCUCUGGAGAUGGUAUAAUUAAAUUAUGGGCGAGACCAGGCGAAACAAUGACAAAUGUGCCUUCAAAAUGUUUAAAUGUCGAUGAUCGUAUUUGGUCACUUUCGGCAGAUCCAAUGGGACAAAAAUUUGCCGUUGGAUCGUCUGGAAUUGGAGAAGGUGCACCACUGCAUAUUUUCGACAUUGAAAGUUGCAAGGAAUCAAAUGUUAUGAAACAUGUUUGGAGAAGAGGUGCUGGCAUAUUGGAUAUGGUUUGGGAUAAUCCACAAACGCUUCUAACAUGCGGAUAUGAUACAUACCUAAGAAAAUGGGAUUUGAGAUGUGGAAAGUGCGUUAGUUACUGGCCCGAUCCUACUGACGCAACAAUGUACUGCAUGUCUUCAGAUUAUCAGUAUUCAGUAGUUACGGGAGCGCAGUUUAAUUGCAAAGCAGUUUUAUGGGAUCAACGACAAAUUAACUAUGUACAGCUAUACUUUAUGAAUCUUCGUCGAAUUUCGAGUCCACUUUACAGUUUAUGUUUUGACAGUAGUCAUCUUUAUGGAGCAACUGAUCAACAUUUAGUUGAAAUAAAUUUCUCUGGUCGUUCAAAUAAAGAAAAAAAUUAUCGAGAAAUUCUUAAAUACGAAUGGAAUACCAAUGAAUUUAUACGAAGAUGAAAGUACAGCAAUAUAGGUUUAUGCAUAAUUUAAAUAUAUAUAUUUAUGAACUUAAUUUUUAGCGAAAAAAUUAUAUAUAUAUAUAUCUACACGCAAAUUGUGUGAAUGUACAAAAUUUAAUUUUUUGCAAAAACACAAAUUAACGUUGUCAGUCGCUUAUGUUCUUUGUUUGAAAAAGCUGUCAACAAAAAAAACAAAUCAAUUCAAAAUAAUUUGUAAAUAAAAUAGUACAAUCAAGAA